UGCGUCGUGCGUGCGUGCGUGCGUACGUGCGUGCAUGCGUGCGCGCGCUUGCGCGAAAGAGUGGCCGAGCGCGCACGUAAUGGCAUCAAGCGGCGCCCAUUAAGGUUAAGCCCAGUUGGGAAGGCUGCGGGAUCGGACGACGAGAGUCGAGAGGAGGAGGUAAGCGAGACUAGGCUCAGGAUGGGUCAAAACGUGGAGGAGAGCAAGGAGAGACGCGAGUUCCUUGCGAUCGUCUUUCUCUGUCCACUCUGGUACGCCGUCACCUCGUCGAGCAACGUCACCGCCAAAGCCCUGCUCUCCGACUUCCCGUAUCCCAUAACCGUCACCAUCGUCCAGCUGACGACCAUCAGCCUCUUCUCGGGGCCGCUCUUCAACCUCUGGGGAGUGCGCAGAUCCAGCAGAACGCUCAUCACCUGGAAUUACUACUUCAGGCUCAUCGUACCGCUCGCCUUUGGCAAAUUCCUGGGCAACGUCCUCAGCCACGUCAGCAUCUGGAAGGUGCCCGUAUCCUACGCUCACACUGUGAAAGCUACGAUGCCUCUCUUCACGGUCGUACUGUCCAGGUUGAUUUUACAAGAGCGUCAAACCAGAAAAGUAUACCUCAGCCUGUUGCCCAUUGUUGGCGGUGUGGCUAUAGCGACAUUAACCGAACUUAGUUUCAAUUUUACCGGGCUCUUCAGUGCUUUAGCUUCGACGAUGGCCUUUUCAUUGCAAAAUAUUUAUUCAAAAAAGGUACUACACGAUACUGGAGUUCAUCAUUUAAGACUACUAAUAAUCUUAAGUCGGUUAGCUUUAUUUUUGUUUUUACCAGUAUGGUUAGUUUAUGACGUAAGAAAUCUCCUUUACGAUCCGGCGACAGGCGGUGCUGUUCACAUCAGCAGUAGAACUUUAAACUUAUUAAUUUUCGACGGUUUCUUAAAUUGGAUGCAGAAUAUCGUAGCAUUCUCUGUAAUGUCUAUAGUGACACCGUUAACUUACGCAGUGACCAGUGCAAGUAAGCGAAUAUUUGUGAUAGUGGUGACGUUGUUUAUUCUUGGUAAUCCAGUGACAGGCACAAACAUUUUUGGAAUGGUAUUGGCAAUAGCUGGCGUACUCUGUUACAAUAAAGCUAAGUAUGACCAAAGGCAAGCGGAAAAGAAGAAAAGUACACUGCCCAAAUAUGUCUCCCCUAAGCAAAAUGGGCACAGUAACUUUGUCGUUAACGGUUGGGUCAACGAUAAGCACAGACUGUUGGCUGUCUAGUCUGGAUUUGUGGUGAAGGUCGACCUGUCGGUCUCUUUAUCUCGCACACGAUGUAUGAAUUUUCAAUUAUUCAACUCGAAGAGAUUAUUUUAUGAUAUCGCAAGACAUAUUCCAGUAUUUUCAAUAUAUUCCAAAAAUAUUAGAGAACAUUCGAAGAAUGUGAAUGAAUAAUUAGCAUGUAAAUUUUAUUAUUGAUAGAAAUAAAUAAUAAAUGUGGAAGGAAUUAGUAGAAAAUGUAUAAAUUAAUAGGCUUAUAAAAACGCAAAGAAGGUGCCAAUAAAUAUUAGUCUUGUUCUACUUUUUUUCCUUCUUUCUUUUCUUUGUAAAUAUUUUAUAUACAUUUUACACUUUUAUUAUAUAUGUUCGUGUAUAUAAAAUUUUUAUAAUAUUUAUACUUUCGAUAUGCGAAACGAAUGUUCCAAUGAUAUUUCUGGUUUAUAUUCACAUUAUGGAAUUAAGUACUAAAAUAAUGAUGAUAUUGAUAGUUUCUAUUAAAGAAUUAAGAAUUCCGAACGAGAAAUUACUGCCGAUAAAGCAAAAAAUAUUUAUUUAACAUUUCUUAUUUUCACAUAAUGUUGGAAAUCGUCAUUACGAUGUUUCAUUAAUUGGGAAGAGCAUGUAAAUGAUUAUAAAUAAAGUUUAAAACCAUAUGUACGUGAAUUUUGGAUAAUCUGGACGUAUCAGUCGCUGGUUCGAUUGAUGAGACAUUCCGAUGGUUCUGUAUCGCCGAUAAUGCAAAUUGCGAGAAACUUUAAUUCGCAAUUGCAAUAUUUAGAGCUUACUAUUUGACAUAGAACAAUUUUUUUG